AUGGAUGAUCAGUACGAUCAACAGAUGCGGGAUGAUGAUUCGAUAGAACUGAAAUCAGAUUCUGAUAAUAGCAAGAAAAGACGAUAUGCUACAAAACGUGCUUUUCUUGUCAAUGAUUCACAUUGUUCUGCGCCGUCGUCAUCGCCACAUUCAAGCCCGGUUGACGCUUCAGUUCCCACUGAUUUCAGUUCUGGCGAAUUGAAUGACGCAAUUCAGACAUACAGCCGAUGCAAAAAUGAUAAUUUGCCGACGAAAUCAGAAGAUGAAAAUGGAGACUGGUGGAUGCAUUUUGAUGAAAUGCCGGUACGAGAUGAGGAAAAUGACUCACCUUUACUGAUUCGAACAUCAGUGAGUCCUGCUUUUGCUAAAUCGGGUGUAACGUUUGAUAGUGGUGGAGCAUCGUCCAAACCUUCACGUGAUAUGGAGUCAAUGAAAUAUGACAUGGCGGGCUCUGCUGCUGUGGUUGGAGUGAUGCACACUCUAACUGGCCGAAAAGCGAAGAUAAAUGCAGUCGGUGUGGUUGCACCUGCAGAAAAUGCGGUAGAUGGCUUUGCUGAAUCGAUGAGUUCCAAAAGUGAGCUAGAAGAUGUGGUGGAAAGUGUGGAAAGUCCACAAAGUAAAUUCGAUUUGAAUGAAGAUGACGGGCAGACACCGUAUCCGUCGACACCAUCGAAACGGCAAAAUGUGGAUUAUUUCCAAGAAAAUCUUGAUUUCUCCAGUGUUCCAGAAGUACUACUACCAUCAGUUUUUCACAAAAGUCCAACUGGUAGAGCAAUGUCAAGCUCGGCUCCAGCAUCCACCAUUGGGUCGUCAUCUUCAAAUAUGUGUGAUCCUUUGCAGCGGCCAAAUACAUUUGAUGUUAAAACAUCACCAUCAGCACAUGCCGAGUUAAAUUCAGUUGCAAGUGAGAGGCCAAAAGAAUGGGAGGAUUUCACUGAAUUACCAUCCGGGAUGUUGACUCGUUUAUUUGAUCAGUUACAUCGUGCAAGAUGGGUGGUACCAGUCUUACCGAAGCAAGAGCUAGAAGGACUGAUGGAAGUUGCAAUUGUGCUAAUAAAACGAGGAACCGAUAAGACGUCGAAAUUUUUCGAAGGUUUUCUCGAAAAAGGACUAGAAGUUGCUUUCGAUAAGUUGAUGAAUGAUGAGGCGAUGAAAGACUGGAAGAUCGAAAUCCAUCGAUUUAUUUGGCUAAGUGUUGCACGAUUCCUCAUAAUGUUCACGGAAAAAAUGCGGCAAACACUUGUAGCAGAAGAUUUUCAUCAUUCAUACUGGAAAAUACUGCAAUACGUCAUGUCCAGCAAUAGUCGGUAUGCUUUAAAGCUGCCGAGUUUUUUGUUCAGUUCUGUGAAUUUUCAUAUGCAAAAUUAUGGACGUAAAGCGGAUUUCUUGGAGAUGGAAUUUGAUCCAAGUGAACUGAUGCGUUACACCUCGAUUAAUACCGUUGAAGAAGUGUAUCAGAGAGUUUUGCAAUUAUGGCUUUUGCUAUUACUGACAUAUUUCGGAAAGAUUGGCGGCUUCACAUUGAUGAAGAAUUUCUUAGAGAGAAAUGUUAAUGAAACAACAAAAAUUACUGAUUUUAUCGAUUGGCUUCGACCAUUUGCUUCUUGUUCACUCCUGUUAAAACCAUCAAUCAUUAUAGAAACUUUCGGUCCGACUAUUCAAAUAGCAGUGGCACGAUUGGAACACAUGGACGAUAAGGAACUGAAAUGCGAAACGGUGAAAGGUGAUUUGAACGAAUCACCAUACGUUGAAUUAGCAAAAGUAUUACAAAGUCUGCUGUUGAUUAAUCCAGAGAUGAUCCACCUAGGACGACAAAUGCCGUUUUUCUCACUACGAUACAUUUUGCGAGUACUUCAAGUAGCACCUUUUGCUGGACGUAUAGCAGCUUUGGAAGAAUUACAUAUGGUUCUGCAUAAUGCGGCGUCAGAAUUUCGGCAGCAAGAAUUAGUAAUUUCAAUGAAUGAUUUAACUGAAUGGUUGAGGAAGCAACACCUUAUCGAAAUAUUAGUUCGCGAUAAUUUGCACCAUCCGUCAUAUUGUGAAAGGUUAGAGAGAGUGUUUCGAGUGCUACUAGAAAGAAAUGCUAUAACAAUUGAUGAUUUGGAUAUCCUGUGGAAUGUACAACAUGAAAAGCAUGACGUCAUCCAACGAAAUGUUCAUGAUCUAAUAGCUAAGCUAGUUAACGGACUGAACAACACAUUGCAGAAGCACUUAUUUGAACGAAUGAAGGAGAGUUGGACAAAGUCAUCUGCAAGACAACGAACACUUCUGCUUGAUCUCAUACGUCGAAUUGGCGUUGACUUCAGUAGUCUUACUGAAAAGGAAUUAACUAUAAAAUCUCUUUCGCUGCUGUGGGAUUUAUUUCAUGAUGAGCGGCUACCUGUAGAAAUGAUUGAUGCUGCCCUAGAAGCACAUUUCAAUGUACUAGAAAGUGCAGUACCUGCUGAAGAACUACGGCGACAUUACAUUGAACGUUGUAUUGAUGAACUACUUCUGGAUUCGGUAUUCGUGCUUCCGGCAUUAAAGCAUAUGCAGCGAUUAAUGAUGUUAAUGCCAGAAUGUGAUUAUAGUACAGGCAGAAAAGUAACACGGGCGGAAUAUAUCGCUACUGUACAGCAAGAUACGGAACUGUGCUCAAGAUUGUCGAAAAACGUUGCUCUCUACAUGGAAAAAGUCCGAAAUGCUGUGAACGACCAACCUCAUGUUUAUGUUGCUGUGGAAGAUGCAAGUGUUUUAGUGCUUGUUGGCCGCUACACUCAUAGCGAUAAUUUACAAAUUCGACUGGGUUUUCUGCAUUUCCUUCUCUCUGAUGGACAACUUUGGCUUAUGACACCGCAGGCGAAUGAGUUAUGGGAUGCUCUUAUCGUUCAAUCAGUAUUUGAAUAUGAGCGUACAUAUGGCUUUCAACUAUUUGGUACAAUGCAAGAUCAACAAGAUAUUGAUCCAAAAGCACUUGACCAACUUUUUACAUCUCGGAUCCUAAAACUUCCAGUUGAAUUGUUGAACGAGGAAGGCUUUUCAUGUUUCAAAACCUUUUGGAUUGCAAUAAACAAAAGGCAUAGUAAACUUUUCCAACCCACUGAAGGAAUGUCGCAUUAUUUGAUGUGUGACUUUGAUCUUGAGGGAAUGGAUUAUUUAUGGGAAAUAAUGCUGCAAGCUCGUGCUGAAGUAUCACAUUUGGCUAUUUCUCUAUGGGUCGGGAUUUUGGCAAAUCCUCAUACUGCAGUGAUCUCUGAUUUUGCUAAUUUGAUUCAAACUGUUGUUAAUAAAUGUUUCAUAAUGUUGAAAACGAAACACGAUGACCUCAUAAAAGGCAAUAAUAGUGAUGAGAAAAAAAUGAAAAUGCUUGAUCGAAUGGGUAGAAUAUUAACGGCUCUCAAUUCUUAUAUCUGUGCAUUUGAUGAUGAUUAUUACAUUCCCGAAAGAUCUCAGCAGCCACUUCGCAAGGCAGGUUUAGGACGGUGUUUUGUAUUACCGGUCGUUUUCCCAGAUGAGAAGCUACCGAGUAGCGUCGACACGAACUCACUAGCAGUGCAAGACGAAGAUCAUGGUAUUCCGGUUCACUCCACUAUGUCACUUUCAGCAUUGAAACUGAAGAUUGAUGACCAGUUACGAUAUAUGGAUGGUUGCAAUAUCGGUGGAGUGCUUGUACCAGUACAGUUAACCGUUCAGUCUCUUAAUGCGCCGGAAACGAGAAUAUUGCAUUCGUCUGAUCGUCGUAAAACACUUGAUGAAUUAGGAAUUGAUGCCAAUUCACAUAUUAUAAUUAAUUUUCAAAGUCAUUCAUGCACAUGGAAUAGUCGGUUAGCUAGUAGCGAUUCGAGCCCUGAUCAAACACUUACUUCGUGUAAUGAAGAAAAUGAGCGUGGUAAUGAAGAAAAUGAACGUAUUUUACCGGGCGCCGUAAUAGCCGAAAACUCUGAUCAUGUUCGAUUCCUUUAUACUUUAGCCGACAUUGGUUAUGCAUAUGGGAAUAAUUAUUUGAGAAAAUCUGCUAGCGAUGUUUUGAAUCAAAUACCACCAGAUACAAUGUCAGUGACGAUGCUAAAGGUAUUGGUGGAAUCAGGACAGUUAUUUAAUCUGUUACCAUCCGAAUCAUCUAACUACGUUUUGCAUCUUUUGCGCGUUUUACAUUCCUUGCUUUUGCCGUGUAAUGGACAUUUCAUGAUUGAAGCUACGGAAUUCCAGAUCUUUUUUCUUACGUCACCAAGUUGUUUGGCGGUGUUUUCAUUCCUGGAAGAUCCUCAAAUUUUAUGUCGAUGGGAUGAAUAUGUCUGUAGCACAAUUGUUUGGUGGUUGGCAAAUAUAGCGAAAUUUAUUCUCUUUGUAGCCGCACGCCUCAAAUACUUGAGGACCACCGAUGUGGAUGGGAGUGGAUGUUUUGAAACGGGUCGGAUUAUUGAUCGUGAACAAACAGUUUUUAAAGAGCUAUGUUGUGUAGUUGCACGUGAUCUCAACAAUCGCAUCGAAGAGAAUCCCGAAAUCAUUGAAACAAUUUUUCAAUUGUUUAACGCAGACAAUAAUCGACUUGAAUGUCUUCUACGGCUGGCGUGGGCAGUUGGUUCACGAAAUAUACCAUUGCGUCUUAUCUCAGGUGGCUUAGCGAAAGAUUCAUCUAUUGAAACAAUUCGCCAAUCAGAACUUGCAACUUUUAUGCUGGAAGAACCCAUAGAAUGCUUGUUGGAUGCAUUUGCGAUAGAGGUCGUUAAUGGAGAUUCAACAUCAGAAGUUCUCAAAAUCAUCCAUCUGUGGAAUCUUCUCGUGUCUGAUUUAUUGUUCUGCAAAAGCUCUGUGAUCCGGCGCUAUUUCUCAGCUUUAGUUCGGCGGAUGGUUUGUCGUAGAGGUGCAGCGGAGCGACAACUUGCAUCAGCAUUGUUGCAGUUACUUUUUAACAAAUUGGAAGAGAGCGAUGAAAAGCUAGUGAAGAAUGCGGAAUUUUUUGUUUUAUUAUGCAGCUUGUUGGAUCACUGUAAAAAUAAUCAAAUUUAUGUUGACGAUGUAAUGCAGCGAACGGAAAAGGUUUUGGACUGGUUAGAUCGUGCAAAGCAGCAUACUAUUGCAAAUCAGGAAAGUUACCCUGAUGACAAAUCACUAAUUGGGCGGCUUGAUGUGUGUCGUGGUUUGCUGGGAUUUCUUACAAAGGAUGAGAAAACUGCAAUUGGUUCGGAAGCUAAUGGUACUCAGCUUAUUAAGCAGUUGCUAGACGAGUUUAUUUUGCCAUCUUCUCGAACAUAUGUUGAUUUGAUACGGCAAAAAGAAAGCGAUAGCGAUAUUCACAUACAGCGUUCAAUGACACAUUCAGCAAUUUCGAGAGGUAUAGAUGAGUCAGAUAAGACCAUGCCACGUUCAGAAACAAUGGGGCCAUUGCUUUCUUCUCGUUCUAUUCCAGUAUGUGGUACCAGUGAAAGUGCCAAAGCUGCAUACAAUUUGAUUGUUGCACUUUGUGACACAACACCGCUUAAUUACCGAUGCAUAGUUGAAAGUCUUCUUGAACUUUUUUACUCAGAGCCAGUUCCUACUAUGAAUAUUGAAUGGGAAUAUAUGCCUGGAUAUUCCGUUCGUUCACCGAACAGUUACGUAGGACUAAAGAAUGGUGGAGCUACUUGUUACAUGAAUUCUGUAUUUCAGCAGAUAUUCAUGAUUGAACCGCUGCGGAACGCCGUUAUCAAUGCCAACUUUACGGAUGAUAUAAGCGUCGAAGAAAUGGUUCUAAAUGAGUAUAAUGUUUCGGAGGAACACUACCAUGCAAUAAUUUUGAAAGCUGUACAAUCAAUUUUUGCACAUCUUCUUGGCUCUGAGAUGCAAUUCUAUUCACCAAAGUUUUUCUGGAAACAUUUUCGGUUCUGUGGUCAAGCAGUAAAUGUGCGAGAACAGCAGGAUGCUUUGGAAUUUUACAACGCUCUCUUUGAUUCUAUAGAUGAAGGACUUAAAAAGCUGGGUGAACCACCUAUUUGUGAGAAUUUAUUUGGUGGAACAUUUGCUGAUCAGAAGAUUUGCAAAGACUGUCCACAUAGAUAUCAACGCGAAGAACCAUUUACAUCAAUUUCGGUUGAUGUCCGGUCUCAUAACAACCUUCUUGAUUCCCUUAAAGAAUAUGUGAAAGGGGAUUUGUUGAACAACGACAACGCAUAUUUGUGUGAAGAAUGCAAUAAGAAGGUGACAGCAGUGAAACGCUUAUGUGUUGCCAGAUUACCUCCAUAUUUGACGAUACAGCUAAAAAGAUUUGAUUUUGAUUGGGAACGUGAUUCACCACAAAAAUACAACGAUUAUUUCGAAUUUCCGAUUGAUCUUGACAUGAUGCCGUUUACUGUUCAUGGAUUAGCUCAAGCAGAAGGAGAAGUUUCGAAAGAAGAAUUGACACACUCCUCGGUAACCGAUAGCGGUCGAGGCACAUCUGAAAGAGCAUCACCGGAAGCAAACGAUAUUUAUGGUGUUGCUGGCACGUCGACAUCAGAAGUUAAACUGGUUGAUAAUGAUACGAAAUAUUGUUUACGUGGAGUGAUUGUACAUUCGGGACAAGCUAAUGGUGGCCAUUAUUAUUCAUUCAUUCGUUCCGAAGAAGACAGUGGUCGUUGGUUCAAAUUCGAUGAUGUUGACGUAACUGAAUGGCAUUUAAACAAAGAGGAAAUGCAAAGUAUGUGGUUUGGUGGUGAAUACAUUACGGAAACGUUCGAGAAUAGCAGCAGCCAUUAUCAAAAAAAGCGACAGAAGCGCUGGUGGAACGCUUAUUUGCUCAUUUACGAAAAGAUAUCAGCUACUGGUGCUUCCGUGGUAUCAUCAUCAGUGGAACUAACAACUUCUUGCUCUUCCACACAGCCAUCACAUUCGUCUUCCAACAGUCCGCUCAGUUUGGAUAAAAAAAUAGGUGCCAUGUCUAUUAGUACUCGUAUUCGACAGAUGCCUCCGAAACUGGAAGCUCUGGUUCGAGGCAAAAACACUUGCGCUAUGCAUGAACGAUCGCAGUACACUUCGAAUUACUUUCAAUUCAUUCGGGAUAUAUGCUCACGAGCGGUUCGAAUGAUCACUCGGAUGAAUCUCGAACUUCAAGACGAUUAUUAUUUAUUAACGACCAAACUGCUAAGCAAGUUUCUAUUUUCUACUGGUUUACGAGCAAAGAAAACGUUGCGUUCGGGCAAUGUAACAGAAUGGCAGAAAACUUACGAAAUAUUGUUUACAUCAUCAAAACCUUCUCGUGGAUGGUUUAUCUGUAAUAUUAUAUUUCAGUCGAAAAUGGUUGUUUUAUAUCUUCUUACCGCGCCUUCGACCGAUGUGCGAUAUUUUUUCACAAAUAUAUUUGUAACACUUUUGAAUGCAACUGCACACGAUUAUUUUGAUGUUAUUCGACCGUAUAUGCUUGCAGGAGAUUGCCCUGAUUUCAAAAUUGAUGCUGUUUAUAAGGCGGGUGAUACGUUAUCUGAUAUGUUUAUCACUUUGUUACUUAUCAUCCCUCGCAAUUAUUUCACCGAAUUUAGCACUUACCCUACCCAGUAUAUAACUUUGUUCAAUCUUUAUGCUCUCUCAGGUUUGGAGCAGAAAAGGCAAUUAGUACGAAAAGGUGCCUUGCAUGCGUUGUUGAUGCUCAUUUCACGGGAGGAUUAUCAUAUCAAAGUGAUUUACCAAGAUAGUUCAAAAUUGUAUGAAGUUAUUUCAUUACUUCUCAGGACUUGCAAAUUUGAAUGGCAAGGAGAGAAUGCCGAUUUGAAUCCAUAUGCUAUUACAAUCGGUGGGCUUGUUCAAGCACCUCAGGAAGUUGCUGAGUGGAUGGCUGAAUCACUUUUUGUUAAUAGAUUAUUGAAGCAGCUGAUCGAAUUACCUACCGACCGCGCAGUUGCACUAGAUAUGAUAUUGUAUUUGUGCUGGGAAAAUCUUCAAUUUACGAAAAUUCUUCUCUAUCACUUUUCGUUUGAGUGUCUGUUUACACCGAAUGAAGUGAAAAACGCGACAGCGAUCAUUGAAAACAUUUUUGAAAUCAAUGAUUCGGUACAAAGGGAGCGUCAGCGUCUGAUACUUUUAGGUUUUGACAAUGGACCUCAGAAGUACAAAGGCUUUAUUGCAAUAAUGUUCGGUCAGAGAGAUAUCUACUCAUGGAAAGCAUAUCAUUUAUUGCGAACGUUAAUCGAUAUUGCUUUUGAUAAUGAAGAGAUUAUUAAGGUUCUUGCGGAAAAUGAACAAGCUCGUAACAGUUUGUACAGAUUGAAGGAUUGGUUUAAAUUGCAACUUACUGCCGAGUCGGCUAAAUCGGAUAUUUAUGAUUAUGACUGUCGUCGUGAUGAUUUGGAUAAAUCAACUGAGACUGAAGGAAUGGAUAGUUUUAUUGAAGUCUAUGAAAAAUUUGAUGAUUUCCUUUCGAAACUGAAUGUUCCAUCGUCAAUUGUUUUGAGUGGCAGUAGUUCUUCGAGCGAUGGUGAUAAUUUCAUUGUGGACACUUUUUUCGGAGAUAUGCAGAGGAACGUCCCGAGAAUUUCGAGUGAUAGACGCCGAUUUUCCGAAGAACAUCCGCGAUCAGCGGAGCAUGCUUCAGCACACUGUGGUAGGGCUGAAGUAUCCUCAGUAAUUGAUUCACCUAAAAGUAUUACCUCGCCGAUGAAAUCCAGGCUAUCCUUGAAAACAGGAACUUCUGAUGAAGCUUUAACUCUGGGCACAUCCAUGUCACUCAGCGAGAGGCUUUUAGCUAAUGUCGGUCUACCACCUCCACCGCCUUAUUCAGAACAUGAUUCAACUGAUGUAAUUUCACAACAAUAUCCACGUGUUCAACAAUCAGUGUCGUCUCUGGGUACACCACAUUCCUGGCAAAUUUCACUAACCAGUGAGAUAAAUCGUCCCGAAGAUGAUUCAUCAAUUGAAUCCACGUCGACGGGUGUUGAAAUGGAAGAUGUACCACCACCAUAUGAAUAA